CACGUUUACAGCGCUUUGACCCGGAAAGGACGACAACGUCUCCGCCGGGCGCUGGAUUCGAUCGUCUUAUCUCAGUGUUGCCCAAUCUCGGCUCUACCAUUCACUGUCUUGUUUGUUGCCAAUGAUCGCCGUACGGACGCAAACGGGAACUUUGGGAACAGGGACCCAAUGUGAAGGCUGCGCAGGAUCUGUUGGAAAGCCUCAAUACGUUUCUACUUCGCCGCCUUCUUGUGUGAUAUAAUGCCGCUACUUUCACGACAUGGCACCCGCAGUUUGUUGCGCACGGUGAACGGCAAGACCCACGCCACAGACCAAGACCAUGAGGAGGCAAGACCGACUACAACGACAAGCAAGAGGGAAAAGACGAAAGAAGAGAUUGAAGAAGAGAUCAAUCGCUCCCCGCGCAGCUCAGACAGCGAGUCUUCGCCUUUGAGGAAUGACGCUACACUGGAGGGCAAAAGCUCCAGCAAUACCACCAAACGUCCGUCAACACCAAACCUCUUCGCAGCGAAGCCGACCAAAAGGACCAACAAGCCCCGAGUCAGAGCUCCAACAAGAGCAGCAUGCAACAACUUGAACGAAGCGAGGAAGCGGAGAGCUGAGAAUGAGCACGACGAUGUGUCUCCCAAAAAGAGGCCGCUUAGCCCCACACAGUCUGCCGACAGCUGGAAUGAAGCCGCUUUCAUCAAAGCGCCAAUGCGAAAAAUGAAGACAGCAACGUAUGGGAGAGCCAACAUACGCAAAACCACGUUUGGACCUAGCAAAAGCUCGAGCAGCAGCGCUGGAACAAACACGGAAGAGCGAUUACAUGGGUCAGUGGCGAAGUCGUCAGUGAAGCCAGAGAACGGCAUGGCCGCAAGAUUUGCAGGGUUGAGCAAACGAGCUUCUCCUGUGCAAGAAGAGCCUGUGAAGCCAAAGGAUGAUCUGGGAGCGAGAUUCGCCUUGUUGUCGGCGCCCAAACAGAUGGAGGACGAACAUCCGCCUUCUUCGGCUGAAAGCCUGAAGGAAAGGUUUACUGGUCUCGGUACGACGGGAUCGAGCGUAAGUGUAACAACAGCAACUACAUCUGCUCCGAGAAACGACACUCUGAGAUACAGCUCCCCUCUCAGUUCUCCACCAGACAGCGAAGCGUCAGAUGUCGAAGGACUGGAGUAUACAGGCGCUAUUUGCCCGUUCUGCAGAGAACCCGUGGAUCCAACGAUACUCCAAGCCUUCCUCGGUACUCGAAGGGCAUUGAAAGUCCGACAGCAGAAUGAAUUCCAUGUCGUUCACAAGAAGCAUUCUGCGCUACAGGAAUACAGAAAGCAGGGUUAUCCCGAGGUCGAUUGGGGCAGCUUGGAGAAUCGACUCGCCAGCCACCACACCUAUCUGGAAUCCAUUCUCGAGGACAGCGUUCCGUCCCAUUUCCGAAAUGUGUUGGCAGACAAGGUAGACAGGGGCAAGGAGCGAACGUUGAUCCAGACUGAGAACACAGGUGCUUUGUCGGGCAUCAUGCCUGGCUACUAUGGCACGCAUGGCGCGCGUUUGAUGGCCGACUACAUCAUACGCAAGUACGGCACAACACUAAGACACCUCGCCGUGAAGGACAAGACCAUUGCGUCUCGUGAUACUACGGGAUUUGUGCAAGCCGUGCUAGUCCCAGAGCUUGCCAUGAAGCUCAUCAUGGAAGACAUGGACGUGGACGAAGGCCGAGCCCGCGAGAUCAUGCAGGAAAGUGCGCUUCUAGGAGAUCUCGUCAACGAGGAGGUCGACGACAUAUUGCGGAUGACACAGGCAGCAAGCCAAAAUCUCUCGUAUGGACAUUCCGAAUCUGGAUCUGACUCUGACUUGAAAUGAAUGAAUGCUUCAAUUGAUACGUUCAUUCUGUACUGUGGAUAUAUAUACACUAUCCACAUUGUGGGGCGGCGCACCCAGCGACGAAGUGAGAGUGCAGUUUUCAUGUUGGAGGUAUAUAUGUACACGGCAUUACGGAUGGAUUGGCAUGUAUGAAUGACUACAUUUACGCAUUAUGGUACAGCAAAGACAGACAGACAGCAUCUAUUUGAGACGGGUCUAGCUAGCCUCAUCAUCCUUCUUCCAUAGAGGUAUAAAACUGUUCAGAAUUCUCGCUCGUCC